UAGGGUCAGCGCAUGCGCGGAAAGCAAUAUGGUUAUUGCUCAUUACAUGACGGUUUUUCUCGAGAUAUAUUGAGUGUAAACCUUGCACAAGGAGACAAACACUGAGGAACAAUGACAGAAGAAGAGCAGGAGAGCAAGACGAAGGGUUUCAGGCUGCUGGGGAUUCUGGAUGUCCAGAACACUCCGUGUGCCAGAGACGCCAUCCUGCAUGGAGCCGGGGGCUCGCUAGGUGCUGGCCUGCUGCACUUUCUGGCCACAAGUCGGGUGAAACGGUCUUUUGACGUGGGCUUUGCAGGAUUUAUGCUCACUACACUCGGGUCCUGGUUCUACUGCAGGAUGAACAACGCCAAGUUUCGUGUGCAGCAGAGGAUGGUCCAGGACGGCAUCAAGAACAAGGUUGUGUACGAGGGGACCGUUCUAGACCCCAAAAACAAACCUGGAACAGAAACCUCACGGCCCUCAUGACCUCCAGCACUGAAGUCCCUCCGCUUCCUCUGGGAGAAGAAGACAGAACACUGUCGGUGUUCUACAAAGACUUAAGAGUUUUUAAAGAAGACUGACUUCGGUUGCACAAGUGAUGGACUGAACUAAAAUUCUAGUAUUUCAUGAGUGUGUUUUUUUUUUUUUUGUCUAACAGCUUGAGACCACUAUAUGUGGACUUGAUCCUGAAUGUUUAAAUUGAAUAUUUUCUGAACAUUGUUCCACCCCUACAUUCACCACACAAAUGUACCGGUUACAUUCUCACUCCCCCAAACCCUCAAUGACUCCUGUCUUCUGUCUGAAAGUUUAAAUUCACCUCAAUAUCUUGAUUCUUUUAUCAUGUAGUAUUUAAAAGUUGAAUGUGUGGAAAAUAAAUUGCUGGUCAGAUUUAAGUAAGAAAAAGAAAUGUCUUUCUAGUUAUAUAUAUUGUGUUUUAAUAUUUUCUAGAGUAAAAAUAAAAAUCUCUCCAUCAAAACAGAAAGCAAUAGAUGAGCUGUGAAAGCGCUCAUUAGUUGCUGCCUCAUUGAACAUGUACAGUCCCGAUUUAGAGGAUGGAGCAGAGCUGAACGGGGAAAAUCAGCCGAGCGUUUUAUCCACUAAACAGAGCCGCUGACUCAGUGAAGUUCCCUCAGCAAGACCCUCGACCCCUGCAAGCUCCAGGUAGGGAAUCAUAACAAAGGCACAUCAAAGUUUUUAUAAUGAUUCUCUGAAUUUCUUAACAUGGCUGGGCUACAGAAUUUGCAGUGUAAAAGUGUCAAAGUGAUUCAUGUACACUGUAAUGUUAUUCUGCGUUCAGUAAUGAUUUGAUUGUGAUGUUAAAGAUCCAGGAGUAUAAACUGAUAUUAGCAAUGUGUCUACUAAAUAAUGUCCACUCUUAAACCAGGUUUGGUGCACUGUUGUACCAACAGGUGUCACUGCAUCAUCACGCCACUAAGUCCUGCACCAUGUCUCCCUGUGAGUGUAAGAAAGUGAAAUGUUGCAGAUGACAUCAAGCAAAUUACUUCAAGGUGUACAUUUAGUACAGAGUAAAAACAAAAGUCAACUUUGUCAUGUUUUUUACUGAUAGACAAAUAGUUUCACUCAAACUUAUUUCAAUAGUUUCGUCCCCUUUUACAACCAAUUUUUAUGGCUCAAGUCAAAUUCCACACACUUGUCUUGAUUCAUCUUAAACAUAAGAGCAGAUUAUCCAGAAUGAUGGAAGCUUUUACAGACGUUACACCUGUUUCAAAAGAAAACGUCGUCAGAAUUUGUACAAUUCUUAUCGUCACUACUUGUUCCGUUUUAACAUAUAGAAAUUUCCAUGGGCAAAGUUUUAAUUGGAAAGUGCUCCGGUAAUUCUUUACAUCCCUAACUGAUGACACAUUUCUAAAACAUUUGCAAAAAACAUUUACAGGGCUUAUUGUUUGCAGUUUAAAAUCUUCUUAAAUAAUAUCUCAACCAUCAUGAAGGACUAUAGCUGUCCACUCAACACAAAUACAAGCAAAUCAAUAUAUUAAUGCAGUUGUAAUCUGACACACUGUCCUUUCAUACGUACAUUUCUCAUUCUGAACCUAACCCUCAUCCACACAACAGAGCCAAGGCACCGUCCUUUUGACAGCAGCACUCGUGCGGUCUUAUUAUAGAAGACCUUUAUCUCCGUCUGUGUUACCGUGUCCUUUGGGACCAUUGUUCCACUAGACCUGUUGGCACAAAGACAAGUCGAGAGCGAGAUGUCACCUCAGAAAAUACCCGCUGAUAUAUUGUUACCUCACUUAGAUUGUCACGGGGGGGCUGUACGGACAUCUGUCACAGCCCCGA